AUGUUUCCAUCUUCUUCUUGGGAGCCCCAAAAUAUCCCCGCAGGCUGCGUUCCCUUUGAAAGCUACUUCUCAGGAAUCACAGACCCAGAAACUCCAAAAUUAACAAUAGAGAAGCCUCAAGUAGAUGCCAUGUAUUUAGGCAAUCCCUUGCAAGAAGCAUCAACUGGAGUCAACGUGCUGAACAUGUUUGCCCAGCCAACAAGAGUCAUUCAGAAACUUCAGAGAGGCGUACCAAGGAAGAUGCGUGGGACCCCAAAGAAUACACUCGUCUUGGAAGUGGAAGGGACUCUGGCAUUGUCCUCCUUGACGGCUGUAUGGGAUGAUGCCUCAACAUUCACCACACCAUUCCAGGACAGGCGUUAUGAGGUUUCGAUCAAGCUGAGACCACACCUUCCUGAAUUUCUAGAAGCCCUGGCCAAAAUCUAUGAGAUCUUUGUGUUCACCACGGCCAAGCAAGAUUACGCUGAUCAAAUGUUGAAGGUCCUUGGACCACAGAGGAAACUAAUCAGGCACCAGCUAUAUCAAGAGGACUGCCUCUGUAGCCAGGGUUCCUAUGUAAAGGACCUGUCAGCAGUGGAAAGAGAUCUGGACAGGACUGUGGCGGUUGCAACUUACCUGCAAGCGUUUCCUUACCAGACGUCCAAUGUGAUCGUGGUCCCCGAGUGGCAGGGCGAUCGUCAAGACGAAGAAUUGCUUCGCCUUAUUCCAGCCCUCCGAAGUAUUAGUCAGGCCGUUGACAUUCGCACUGAAAUAGAGAGAAAACAUCGUGGCCGAGGAACGGUUGAGCGUCUGUUUCCAUUAUAA